GAAUUCAGACGUGAUCAGACGUCACAUGAUAGAAACGGGUGUGAGUACCUCCCUUCCGAUACCUGCGUGAAAUGUUCUUAUUUUAAUAUAUUGUAAAAACCUGUGGCUGACUUAUGCCUUAGACUCGUUAAUAUUAAUCUGUUUAUACAUCAACGAUUCCCUGAAUUAUUGCGCGCAACAACGGCACCAAAAACAGCGCGAUGAGAUACAUUUUGGGUUCUACUUUUGCAACCACUGCCUCCGUUACAAUCAUAAUACUAGUAUUGUACCAUGUAUUUACUGGAAAAGGAGAACGUGUCAGUGUUGCAUGGUUUUUGGAAGAAACAUCCCCAUACAUGUGGGCAUCCCUUGGUAUUGGACUUUCGGUUGCUUUAUCCGUAGUUGGUGCUGCAUUAGGAAUUCAUACAACUGGAGUCUCCAUUGUGGGUGGUGGUGUAAAAGCCCCAAGAAUUAAAACAAAGAAUUUAAUUUCUGUAAUAUUCUGUGAAGCUGUUGCUAUUUAUGGCCUGAUCACUGCCAUUGUCUUAUCUGGAAUGAUAGAGGAAUUUACUUACAAAGAUGCUAUGGCAAAGGAUGAAGUUCGCAGUCAAAAUUGGCUAGCAGGAUAUUUAAUGUUUGGAGCCGGUUUGGCUGUUGGUUUUGUCAAUCUGUUUUGUGGUAUAGCUGUUGGAAUUGUAGGUUCUGGAGCAGCUCUUUCAGAUGCUGCCAAUUCUGCUCUAUUUGUAAAAAUUCUCAUAGUUGAAAUCUUUGGUUCUGCUAUUGGACUUUUUGGAUUGAUUGUUGGUAUUUAUAUGACAUCUAAAGUAAAAAUGGGAGAUAAGGUAUAAAUUUAGGAUAAAAAUCAGCACCAUGAAUAACCAUAUAAAGUAUUUUUUUGGAAUCACAAAAUUCCAUUCCAUAUUUAGUAAUCAUUAAACGAAAAGUAGAUGGAAACAAAUAGAAGAGAAACUUAGAAUUAUUUUUCUGUUUGAAUCAAUGUAAAAAAAUUACUUCUCAUUUAAAAUCAGUAGAUCUCUGUUUCGAACAAGUGUAAUUUUGUUACAAAUAGAACUGGUCUUAAAUAGUUGUUAAACUAUUUUUAGCAAUGUAAAAUUAUUGCUGUAAUAUUGUCACUUGUUUAUGGUAUCUUGAGUGCAUUAUAGCACUCUCUUUUGAACUUGUCUAGUGUAUAUAUUUUUUUCCAACUAAACUGUAUCAAAUGAAAGUAAUAUUAUGUUUAUAAUUAUUCUUAUGUGUUUCACAUAUGUGUAAAAUAUAGUACAUAUAAUCUUA